AUGGAGGGAGGGAAUGAGCGAGCAAGUCCACAGCACCUCCAGCACCCAGCGGAGCAAACACGGCCCUGCCUGGCCUUGGCCUCCUUACUGAAGGUGGAUCAGGAAGUGAAGCUCAAGGUUGAUUCUUUCAGGGAGCGGAUCACAAGUGAGGCAGACUUGGUGACAUAUAUUUUCCCAAUGAAGUUAUUAGAACUUGAUGGCUUUUUGAAGGACCCAAUCCUAAAUAUCCACGACCUAACUCAGAUCCACUCAGACAUGAAUCUCCCAGUCCCCGACCCCAUUCUCCUCACCAAUAGCCACGAUGGACUGGAUGGUCCCACUUACAAGAAGCGCAGGUUGGAUGAAUGGGAAGAGGCCUUCCAAGGAACCAAGGUGUUUGUGGUGCCCAACGGGAUGCUGGAAAGCAACCAGCAGCUAGUGGACAUUAUUGAGAAAGUAAAACCUGAGAUUCGGCUGCUGAUCGAGAAUUGUAAAGUCAAAAUGCGGGUAUAGCUCUUGAUUCCCAGAAUAGAAGAUGGGAACAACUUCGGGGUGUCGAUUCAGGAGGAAACAGUUGCAGAACCAAGAACUGUCGAGAGUGAAGCUGCAUCUUAUCUGGACCAAAUUUCUAGAUAUUAUAUUACAAGAGCCAAAUUGGUUUCGAAAGUAGCUAAAUAUCCCCAUGUGAAAGACUAUCGCUGCACUGUCACAGAGAUUGAUGAGAAAGAAUCCAUCAGCCUCCAUCUCAUCAUCUCAGAGCUGAGGAAUCAGUAUGUCACUCUAUAUUACGUAACCCUUAAGAAUAUUGAGAAGAUCAGCUGGCCCCGGAGCAGCAAUGCAGAGACACUGUACUGA